AGGCUGGUUUUGGCUAUAAAAAUGAUGACAGAAAUGUUGAAGACAAACCUGACCUAAAGGAUAAAGAUGGAAGCUCCUGCUUAUCUUCUCUGGGUCUUUCUAGGCGUUCAAGCAUUAACUUUAGCAAAUGGAUGGACAUGGACAGAGUCAACAACAAUGGGUCCCUUUGCAUAUUCCUGCUAUAAAAGUUGUGGCUAUGGCUUUGGAAGCUGUUCAUGUGAAACCUCUUGUCAGUACCUUGGAAACUGUUGCCAUGACUUUAACAGUUAUUGCUCAGCCACAACUGAGGAGCCAGUAACAGCAACAGCUUCUCUCUCCUGCAGGUACAGCUGUGGCUACCAUCUUGGAAGCUGUUCAUGCAGAUACGACUGUCGUUACUAUGGAAACUGUUGCUAUGACUAUAACAGUUACUGCUCAUCAACAACCAAAGAGAUGGCAACAGCUUCACCCUCCUGCAGGCACAACUGUGGCUACCAUCUUGGAAGCUGUUCAUGCAGAUACGACUGUCGUUACUAUGGAAACUGUUGCUAUGACUAUAACAAUUACUGCUCAUCAGCAACAACUGAAGCGACAGCAACAGCUUCACCCACCUGCAGGUACAACUGUGGCUACCAUCUUGGAAGCUGUUCAUGCAGAUACGACUGUCGUUACUAUGGAAACUGUUGCUAUGACUAUAACAAUUACUGCUCAUCAGCAACAACUGAAGCGACAGCAACAGCUUCACCCACCUGCAGGUACAACUGUGGCUACCAUCUUGGAAGCUGUUCAUGCAGAGACGACUGUCAUUACUAUGGAAACUGUUGCUAUGACUAUAACAGGUAUUGUCCAAUGUACACGACCCCAUGGCCAGCCAUGACAACAGAUUAUCAUGCUGGGUGUGGUGGACACCUGUAUGGUUCUGGGCUGUUUUCAAGUCCCAAUUACCCAAACUAUUAUUAUGACAAUGCCUACUGUGUGUGGUAUCUGUCUGCCCAGGCAGGACAGAGGAUCUUCUUGUCAUUUGCUGAUAUACAAUUGGAGCGCUGCUGUAACUGCGACUAUAUCUCUGUACAUGAUGGUUCUUCCACUGGUUAUCCAGUGCUGGGAAGGAUCUGCUUCAAUGAAAACACAAACCAAACCUUUCAUUCAUCUUCUCCAUACUUGACGGUUGUCUUCAGGAGUGACUCCUCUGUUGUGAGCAAUGGCUUUAAAGCCAUCUUUUCAAGCUCAUUGACCGCAGAUCAAGGUCGUGUGGACUGUUCCUCAGACAACAUGGUCAUUGUCAUUCAAAGGUCGUACUUGAAUUCACUUGGGUUGAAUGGAAAUGACCUUUAUGUGGAUGACAAUCGGUGCAGACCCAAAAUUAACAGUGCUGAGGUUGUGUUCCGCUUCUCUCUCAAUACAUGUGGGACCAGCAAAGAGAUGAUGAAUGGUUAUGUGACUUACACCAACAACGUGCGGGCAUCUCAGUCUCAAUCUCAAUUGGGUGAGAUCACCCGUCAGUCACAGUUUCUGUUACAUGUGGGCUGCAGAAUGGAGCCGGACACUGUUGUGCAGAUACUCUACAAGGCCAAAGAGGACAUCAAUGCUACCAUCACAGGAGCGGGUCGCUUUAAUGCCAGCAUUGCCUUUUACAACUCUAGCAGUUUCAACCAACAAAUUUAUGACUCUCCUUAUGAGGUGAACCUUAACCAAUCCAUAUAUGUUCAGGUUGUGUUAGAUAGACGUGAUGAAAUCCUAGAUUUGUUCCUGGACACCUGUGUUGCAUCUCCAGAUCCAAAUGACUUCAAAAACCGCUCCUAUGACCUGCUGCGUAAUGGAUGUCCCAGAGACAGCACAUAUUAUUCCUACAUCAAUGGUCAGCAGCAUUACGCUCGGUUCCGUUUCCAGGCUUUUAAGUUCCUUCGGACACAUGCCAAUGUGUAUCUGCAGUGUAAGGUGAUCAUCUGCCCUGGAACUGAUACCAACUCUCGCUGUAGACGAGGCUGCCAAAAACGCCGCCGGAGGUCUCUUGAAUCCAACCAUGACACCAACACUCUGAUACUUGGGCCAAUCAAACUCAAAGGAGUGAAGCCUGAUCUUCAAGAGCUCAAUCUUCAAGAGACUGAGAUAGGAGAGUGAUUUCAACAUCAUCACCAUUAUAAUCAGUAAAAAAAGAUUAAAGCAUUCCUGAAAAUCUCA